AUUCUAAAAUGUCGAAACCAUUCAUCUCCUCCACCCCUAUGAAGUACGAGAAAUCGGACGCCAGUCUACUGACGACGUAUACAGAAGUUCCCACAGAUGACGUCGUCCCAGAAGGAAUCUCUCUCUGUAUUGAAAAAGAGAAGGGAGAUAUAAAUGGAACAGCAGACAGUAGCUCCAUAUUGUCAUCUGAAGACAGCAGUAACAUGUUGUUUAACAGUUUUGUCAAAAUCCACAGUGGGGCUUCUAAUUUCUACAAGUCCAACCACUCCCACAUCAAAAUGGGGGUAUAUGUAUCUUUGAGUGUGUUGUACUUGGCCUACUUUGUGGCUGCCAUGGUGAUCACACACCAAAGGCAGGUCAAGGACCCUACACCUCUUAUUGCUGUUACCAUGGUGACUGUGACCUGUAUCGUUAUAUGGCUGAUGAGGAAGAAAUUUGGAGGAAAGAUCUCAGAAAAACUGGUUUUCCCCUUCAUUAGUGUCCUUGAUCAACGUCAGAUGCUGGUCAAGGUCAUUCAAAUAGUGUUUUGCAUUCUACUGAUUGUGGCAGCCAUUGGUGUUACAGCUUUUUCUGUUUGGGAUCGGCCCAGGAAUCUGAUCUCGAUCUGUGGUUAUGUGUUUUUCUUGUUCAUCCUCCUCAUCUGCUCUGCCCACCCCACAAAAGUUAACUGGCGGCCGGUCUUUGGUGGGUUAGCCCUGCAGUUCUUUUUUGCUGCUUUGAUCCUGAAGUGGAGUGUUGGUCAAGCAGUGUUUGAAUUUUUGGGAAACCAGGUCCAAACCUUUUUAAGUUUUACCAACACAGGAACCAAGUUUGUGUUUGGAGACAAGUACACUGAUCACCCUUUUGCCAUGAUGGUACUACCUGUGAUUGUGUUCUUCAGCUGUGCCAUAUCUGUGCUCUACUAUAUAGGGGCCAUGCAGGUUGUCAUCAAUAAGAUCGCCUGGGUUAUGAGGAUCAGCUUAGGUACAUCUGCACCUGAGUCCUUGUGUGCUGCAGGCAAUAUUUUCAUCGGACAAACAGAGGCCCCUAUCCUGAUUCGUCCUUUCCUGGCCUUAAUGACGAAGUCAGAGCUCCAUGCCGUCAUGGUUGGGGGGUUUGCUACCAUUGCUGGGGGAGUACUAGCUGCUUACAUAUCAUUUGGAGUGUCAGCUGAGCACCUGUUGUGUGCCUCCGUGAUGAAUGCUCCCUGUGCCCUGGCUGUGUCCAAACUCCUGUAUCCCGAGACCGAGUCCAGCAAACUCAGCAAGGCCUCGGACCUCGACAAAGAGGAAAAGACAGAGAGAAACAUUCUGGAGGCAGCAGCUGCUGGUGCCUCGUCCUCCAUUAAACUGGUCGCCAACAUUGCUGCUAAUCUCAUUGCAUUUCUGGCUAUGUUGGAGUUUGUGAAUGCUGUCCUCUCUUGGUUUGGGGGCUUUGUAGGUUAUCCUGAGUUCUCAUUUCAGAUGAUCUGCUCUUACGUCUUGAUGCCUUUGGCGUACCUGAUGGGCGUAGACUGGAAAGACUGUGGCAUUGUGGGAGAGCUUAUCGGAAUCAAAACUUUCCUCAAUGAAUUCCUUGCAUAUGGAGAGUUAUCAACCUAUCUUACCAACCGAAAACAGUGCAUUGGUCGUAUUUUGGCGGUUCGCUCAGAAAUCAUAGCCACUUAUGCUUUGUGUGGAUUUGCCAACUUGAGCUCUAUAGGGAUUCAGCUUGGGGCUCUAAGUCCCAUGGCUCCAAGCAGAAAGGGGGACCUGGCCCAGAUUGUACUGAGGGCUCUGUUGGGAGGAAUUGUGACCAGUCUCAUGACCGCAUGUAUAGCAGGCCUGCUUGUCCAGGAACCCCUGAUACAUCUCGGUUGUCUCAAUGCCACUAUUGUCAACUCAACCGUGGCUCCCAUGAUGAACUCAACAUCGUCCUUGACCUUUGUGACACGCAUCAUCGAGCAGACAACUUUAUCCGUCUGAUGACAAUUAAAGGAUAGGCAGCCGUAUUUAUUUUUCGAUGAUAUACAGUCGUAUUUAUUUCAUCCCAUUAAUGAUAGGCAGCCAUAUUUAUUUUUUUACUUGAAUUAUAAAUUUGUGUUGGAGAAGCACAAAAAUAUAUCAGAUCAUGAGAAGAUCAAGAUUAAUGCUCAAUGAGAUGAAGGGAGGUUCAUUUCUGAUAUUUUUUGAAAUUGUUCUGUGUGUAAAUGUGAAUGAUUUUUUAUCAGAAUGCGAGAGCUCUUUACCAGAUUUACUUAUGUAUAUAUGAAGUGUGUUUUAGCCACAGUAUUUUUGGGGGGUGCUGAUAGUGUUGUGUUCAACCAUCAGGUUUACAAAUUAAUAUAUUUUAUAUGCAUGUAUUUAUAUAACAGUCCAUGUAGAAGCUCUUUCAUCAUUUAUAAUAUUUUUAGAAGAGUUGCACCCCUUACACUAUUUUUAAUCACAUUUUACUCAAGUUGCUUAUUACUAAGAGAACUCAAUUUUGUUUUACCUAAUUGAUAUUUUUAAAGAAUCUCUCCAAUAUGGUUGCUGUCAAACACACAAAGAACCUUCUUUUUAUCAAAUCCCAAAAUGUAAUUUUUUGUGCUUUAAUUAUUUUGAUUUGCUCAUUUUGUCUUUGAUACUAACAAAGAUUUCUUCUAGGUGAUUGGAGUCUAGUCUACUUUUAUUUUACUUGUUUAUGGGGUGAGAAAUACAUAACACUUACAAGUAAUAAUGAAAUCCUGGUGUUUUUUUUUUUUUUUUUUUUUCAUUUCCUGUAUACUU